UUUGACUCGGAUAAUUCUUCUUAAGUCUUCUGUUGACGUGACUAUAUUCUCCAUUGAGCUUACCUUUUUACUCGGUUAUUGGCAGGCUAACGUUGUAGGCCUAAUUUGCACCAAUUUUCUGUCACUUGAGAAGUUCAUUUUGGCAAGAACAAGUCCGAAACGAAAGUCGGUGCUUGCUAAAUUAAUAUUGUAGCCGCUGCGCCGUGUUGCAUUUCAUUUUCAAGGUUGCCGUUAAUAGGCCUACUAUUUGAGUAUUUCGUGGAAGUUUUGAGAGAGUUAUGGCCAAGAAGAAUCGUUCAUCAAGGUCCAAAGCUGUUGAGGACCCCCAGGAUCUUGCCCCGAUGGCCGAACCAGCUGUAGGUGACUUGCCGGACGCAGCCAGUGAGGGCGCUUCAGAACCCAGCAUGCCCGAGGCAGCGAGGGAGAUACCAGGAACGUCGUCAGAUACAGCUCAGGUGGCAGUGGCGCAGUCCGCGACAAGAGAAAAAGCCUGCUGCACUGAAGACGAGCCUUCGGAGGCAGAUGACGCGAAUUCCGACGAUACACUCAAACUCCAAGAUGAGGCAUCCUCCGAAGACCAACCCGAGGAAGACUCCCAAACGUCCAUCCCGGAGGGGGCGGAGAAAUCUCUGGACCACGACUCCCAAGAGGUGGACGAAGAGGGGGGCUCACCAGAAGCCACGCCCAGAGUGGAGGAGCUCCAGGAACAAGAACGCAAACGCCCCGGGGAAGAGGUUGAGAACAACGACGAGGUCAGCCCGGCCAAGAAGGUCAUGUCAGAGGUCAACGCAGAGGCGUCGUCGGGCAAGACUGUCGGAUGUGAAGAGUGAAUCCCAAAGUCCGCAAAAAAUGUAUGAUGGCUAAUAUCAGAUUUUUUUUUUAAAGUGAUCACAAAAGUAAAUCACAAGUCAAUCCAGUCUCAUGUCACUAACAAGCUGGGCAGGUGUCACAUGAGAUUUGGACUCCUUUGAAAUUCCGUCCCUUGUACCCUAUAUCAGUGACUGCUCAUUGCUCUAUCGCCAAGCCACGCACAAUACAGUCAAUGAGUCUGUAUUUCAUAGGAGUCCAAAUUUUAAACUACACCGGGCCCAACUUCAAGGAACUGCU